CGGCGGGGGCCCGGUCGCCAUGAGCGUGGUGAUCCGCAACGCGCAGCGCGCCGUGGCCGUGCGCCGGGCCCCGCUGCGCCGCGCCGUGUGCGCCCUGCGGGCCGCCCUGGGCGCCUCCCGCUUCGACGUGGCGCUGGUGUGCGCCGGCAACGGGCUGAUGCGGCGGCUGAACGGCGCCUACCGGCAGCGCCCGGAGCCCACAGACGUGCUCUCGUUCCCCGUCCACCGGGUGGCGGCGGGCGAGCUGCCGCGGCCGCGCUGCCGCGCCGAGUACGACCUGGGGGACAUCUUCCUGGGGGUGGAGUACAUCGAGCAGCAGUGCCGCCGCGCCGGGGGCGACUUCGAGAGCGUCCUGACGGUGACCGCAGCCCACGGAUUGUGUCACUUGCUCGGCUACCAGCACAACACUAAGUCGGAGUGGCAACAGAUGUACCAGAAGGAGGAGGAGAUCCUGGAGAAGCUGAACCAGCUCACGGGCGCCAGCCUCCGGCCCCUGACCGCAGGCCUCUUCUGAGGGGUUGGG